GCGAAGGCGAAGAAGUGGAACCUAAAAACAAAAGAUGACAGAAUAAUAAAAGAAAGGGAUAUUUACAACAACAACAAAAUAAUAACUUUGCUACAGCCCCAUGCAACGUAUUCUCUACAGCGUGGAAGAACAGGCUUUUCAGGUGACCAUUUUUACGCAGCCCCUCAAUGAAGAGGAAUAGGUGCUUUUUAAAUUCACCUUUCUAUCUUCUGGAUUCUGGAUUGUGACAAGUGCCAGGACAGGACAGGGCCGUCCAGAACCAGUAGUACCGAAAAGGAACUUCGGGAGUGUUCACCUAUAGCCUGCCUUUAAACGGUAGGGGAUAGGGUCUUCUCACCGCCCACCCACCUGACGGAACAUUCGCGUCUGCUUUGUCCCAAACCCCGGAGCCAAGACGUUGCUGCGCAGAGAGCCGUGUGGCCCCAGACCCAGCACCGGAGCCCGCGUGGGAAGGUCGGUCCUCGGUGUCCUCCAGACAGGCGGGAUGAUGGUCCACUGCGCCGGGUGCGACAGGCCCAUCCUGGACCGGUUCCUGCUUAACGUGUUGGACCAAGCCUGGCACGCCAAAUGCGUCCAGUGCUGCGAGUGCAACUGUAAUCUGACAGAGAAGUGCUUCUCCCGGGAUGGGAAGCUCUAUUGUAAAAUGGACUUUUUCAGGAGGUUUGGGACGAAGUGCGCAGGAUGCCUCCAAGGCAUCUCUCCCAGUGAUCUGGUGCGCAAGGCGCGUAGCAAGGUGUUCCAUCUCAACUGCUUCACGUGCAUGGUGUGCAACAAGCAGCUGUCCACGGGCGAGGAACUCUAUGUUAUCGACGAAAAUAAAUUUGUUUGUAAAGAAGACUACCUGAGCUCAGGGGCGAUCAAGGAAGUCAACUUGAAUUCAGUGUCAUCAUGCACAGACAGAAGUUUAUCGCCGGACCUCCAGGACCCGAUGCAGGACGACACAAAAGAGACGGACAAUUCCACAUGCUCAGAUAAGGACACGAACAAUAACGAGAAUGAGGAGCAGAGUUCGGGUACGAAGCGGCGAGGCCCGCGGACCACCAUCAAAGCCAAGCAGCUGGAAACGCUGAAGGCUGCCUUCGUGGCCACGCCGAAACCCACCCGACACAUCCGAGAACAGUUGGCCCAGGAGACGGGACUCAACAUGCGGGUUAUACAGGUGUGGUUCCAGAACCGUCGGUCUAAGGAGCGGAGAAUGAAGCAGCUGAGUGCUCUGGGGGCCCGGCGGCACGCCUUCUUCAGAGGGCCCAGGAGGAUGAGGUCCAUGGGGGGACGACUGGAGGACCCAGACAUACUGGGGCCUGGGGCCUACGGAUACUACACAGAGUACCAGGGCGACUACUACGGAGGGGGCAACUAUGAAUUCUUCCCCCACGGCCCUCCCUCCUCUCAGGCUCAGUCUCCAGCAGAAUCCCCCUACAUCCAUGGAGGGGCCAUGGAGGGCUCUGUGUCAGCCCACCACCCCUCUGACGACCAGAGGUUCACGGACAUGAUCUCCCACGCAGAUACCCCCAGCCCAGAGCCCGGCCUGCCCAGCUCCCUGCAUCCUGUCCCUGGUGAGGCAUACGGAGGGGGGCCCAGCCCACCAUUCUCCCUGGCUAGUAACUCCAGCUACAGCGCCCCCAUGUCCCACCCUGGACAGGAGAUGGGAGAGACCACCGUCUGGUAGACUAGAGCCUGGGUCUGGGAAAGGGAUGAGGGUUUCGUUGGGGGGAGGGUGAACUUCCCAUUUUCGAUUCAAUCUACACGGGAGAUGAAUUUGAAGACAUUAUGAAUAAGUAGUUAUGAAUUAAAAAUGCAUUUAUGUAUUUGUUAAUGGGGAUUUUUCUAUUCACGGAUUCACGUAUUUUUGAAUUGACUUGCUGAAUUGAUGGAGUUGAAAUGGAGUUGUUCCCCCUGACUCUUAUCCUUCACGUGAAGGACUGAGGAUGGAAGAUGGGGUGGCUUUGCUGGACAUAUCUGAACUUUGUUGUACUAUUCGCUGCCCUAUUCGGACCCGUUAGUAGAAAUACACUCCCACCCACCUCUGUGAAAAAUGAACUGGGAUUGGAGAAAGAAAGACAGCGGUUCCUCUUGCCCCAGUAUCACCCCCCCACUAAGGACACGUGAUAUUACAGAGAGAUAAAGAAAGAAUACAAGCCAAAAGGAACGCUUUAUGUAUUUUAUUUUUUGGUUUCAAAACUGUCUUGGUUUUUUAUUCUAGCCUACUGUUUCUUAAAGGCACAGUGUUGUAGGUCUAACUGGUCAGUUCCUCUUCUGCAUAACAGAUGUUUUACUGGUACAUCAGUCUCCUAUUGUAAUAUUGCUUCCAAUA